CCCUUCCAAUUUUUCUCCUAAGCACUGGGCUUAACCUGUCCUAAGUACAUUUGAAAAUGAGUAACUUCAGUUAACAUCCAUCUAGAUUUUGCUUUUCAUGUGUACCCUUAAUUGCAAUUAGAAUGGUUUUCAGUGGCUGUUGGGGAGAAGACCUGUAGUUCAUAGAAUCAUAGAAUGGCCUGGGUUGAAAAGGACCACAAUGAUCAUUGAGUUUCAACCCCCCCUGCUAUGUGCAGAGUUGCCAGCCACUAGACCAGGCUGCCCAGAGCCACAUCCAGCCUGGCCUAGCUCUUGGGAGCAGGCAAGAAAUCUGUUUUUCCAGUGUUGCUGGAACUAUUCCAGUUAAAGCAGUAUUUAGGAACCAACAAUUCUGUGUAAUAACCAACACUGUCAUUUGAUUUAGGCUUGCCAGUAGUGCAUUUUAAAGGUGUAAAGGUGUGUAGUCUUUGGUUAGUUCAUGAAAGUAAGCAGCGCGCUAGCAGUACAAAAGCUAUGUUAGUAAUCUAACACAUCUAAAUUUAUGUUAAAGUGACAACUGUUCUUAAUACCAGAGGGUUGCUACUGGUGUUUAUGUGUGUCUGCAAGCUAUUUGAUUUUGUGUGGGUGAGAAAUCCUUACAUCAGUUUAGUCCUACCUGUGUACUUCCUUUAGUUCAGAACCUAUAAAUCGAGUGCAGUGCUGUACAGUGAGCCUUUCAUUGGUGAAACUGAGUCUUUGUGUUUCCUGGCAUUGAUUGGAGCUCUGGCUUUAUUUACGUACUUCCCAAUCACACGAACCUUAAUCUGUGCAUACUGGAUUUUUACACUUGAGUUGCAGCUGAUGUUCUCCCUCUGAAAAGAUCAGCCCAUCUUGUCUACUGCUAACACUGUGGUUUCGCAUGGUUGCUAUUUGACAUUGUGACUUCUGGUUCUGUAUUUCCUGUGAUAAAUCUGCCAGUGUUUUUUACAAAUUAAAGAACUGCUUACCCAGAAAAGUGUGUCUGAAUUGUAAGUAAGGCCUACUGAGUCCAACUGUAUACAUACGUAUAUAAUUCAGGUGUGAGGUUGAAGGGCUUUUUGAAUACAUUUGGCCUUCAUGCCCUCUCAUCAGGCAUAGCAGGAAAGACGAGCCAUUGGCUUCUAAGGAAGGAGUUGGCUUAUGGGCCUUAAAGAUCAGUUCAGCCAGCUUGGCGAAGAGGUAUGGUCAUUAUGCUCUUAGAAGAGCUUACUCAUUUGAAAACAAAAGGAAAACAGUGUCCUCACUGGUCUUUUACAGCAAGGUAAGCUGUCCUUGUUUAAAACUGUCUUGGCACUGAGCCCUCGUACAAGCGCCAGGCCCCACAGAGCAUCAGCACCCCACCCUCUGCCUUGAACGGCCAGUGAGAUCACUGAACAAAUAAAUAGUUCCAUAAGCAUUGGAAGUAAUGACUUCUUGUUUCAUGUGGUCUGGUCUCUUGUGGUUGAUCUGUCUUUGGCAAGCUCAGAGGGGUGUGCUCUGCCUGAAGUUUUCUCUGCAGUAACGUUGUUUGCAAGAGUUCUUGGGAACAAAAUCCUUUUGGUGUCCAAAAAGAUGUAAACUUGUGUUCUGCUUUGCCAGCUCCGCAUUUACAAGAUUUGUCAGAGUAAAUUAUAUCCAAAAAGGCUUCCUUGUUGUAUUUGGCCAACGGUGCUUACUCAAAUCGGAUUGUUAGAAGACACACAAACAGCAUGAUCUCUCAGGGCUGGGAAACCAGAUAGAAGUGUUGCUGAUUUUUUGUGUGGUUAUCAUUAUGGCCAAAUUCACUUCAGGGCUCUCCUUAAGCUACAGAUGGUGCUACGGUACCACCUGAGUUUUUCUUUGGUAACCUCUGAAGUUUAUCUGCAGAAAUUAGCAAACUUGCCUGCCUUCUUUUUGAAGCUGUAAUGUGAGAAGAAUAAUUUCACACGCUAAACGCAUCCAUGUCUUUGGGGAGAGCAAGGCUGUUCUGCGUGUUAGGAUAUUUAUUUCUAGUUGCAGCUAAAGGCAAAGAAAUGAUUCAGUAUCUGAUUUUUCUUAAUCUCACUGCUGUGUUGCUGGCUGGCACUAUUCUGACAUUCUUCCUGCAGACGCUCAGGCUCACUCUGCCAGAGCAUGAGUAAUGUUCCUUGUCUGCCUCAAAAGUAGCAAGGAAAAUGCUGCUUGUAUUUCAGGUGGAAUUGUCAUGGAAGUGAUCAGGUGCAGAUGCUAGUCAUAUUCUGUCUGACUUAGGCCAAGUAUUCCUUUACCUCCAUGCCUUUCCUCAUAGUCAAGAUGGCGUUGCUUGCACACCUGCUUCAGAAAUAAAAUAUGUGAGGGGUUGGGGACAGCCUGCAUUUUUUCCCCUCAUUCCGAGCUAAAGGGAUGCAUGCUUUGCCAGCUGUGUGUUAAAGCAAACCAUCUGCAGAUGUGGCAUCAGCAAGGAUUGGUGGCGGUAAGAGGAGUGUGGGGAUCCUGGUAUCCUGGGAGAAGGAGAGGUCCUGCUGUCCUUUGAGCUGCAGCCCAUCUCUGGCAUUCAGUCCAUCAGGGGCUUGUUCUGGCCUCCGGGUCCUCUCCUUUUCUUUCCUUCUCUCUGCUUACCCUGCGUAGGUAAACACCAGAUGGCUAGAAAGGAGUAGCAAAAAGGAAAGAGUGCAAAUCAGAAGAUGCUACUUGCAAGAUCUCUGAAUCUGAACCUGAGGAGUUAUCAGAUGAAGCAAGUGCUGACACCUUCUAUGGAACUUCUCCUCCUAGUACACCCCGCCAGAUGAAGCGUAUGUCAACAAAGCAUCAGAAAAACAACGUCGGGAGACCUGCUAGCCGCUCUACUUUGAAAGAAAAGAUGAGUAUACCACCUCAAUCCGUGCAUAAAGACAAUGGGAAAACCAUUGAGAACGUGGAGGAGCACAGCUAUAAGCAAGGGAAAAAAAUGCGUGACACCCUAAGGACGACAGAACGAGAUCACAAGAAAAAUGUGCAGUGCUCGUUUAUGUUAGACUCAGUUGGCGGGUCUCUGCCAAAAAAAACAAUUCCAGAUGUUGAUCUCAAUAAGCCUUACCUCAGCCUUGGCUGUAGCAAUGCUAAGCUUCCAGUCUCUGUGCCCAUGCCAAUCUCCAGAACUGCACGCCAGACUUCUAGGACUGAUUGCCCAGCGGACCGCUUAAAAUUCUUUGAAACGCUGCGGCUUUUGUUAAAACUUACCUCAGUCUCGAAAAAAAAGGACAGGGAGCAAAGAGGACAGGAAAGCACCUCUUCUGUCUGGCUGAACCGAUCCAAUGAACUGAUCUGGCUAGAGCUGCAAGCUUGGCAUGCUGGCCGGAGUAUUAAUGACCAAGACCUUUAUCUCUAUGCAGCCCGUCAAGCUAUCCCUGAUAUUAUCAAUGAAAUCCUUACAUUCAAAGUGAACUAUGGAAGCUUCUCCUAUGUAAAAAAUGGAGCCAGUCUCAAUGGUACGUCAGGAGAAGGAGUUUGCAAAGCAACACAUGGAACCAGUGCUUUGGGUUACUCAAGUUACCACGAACACCUCCAUCGCCAGCGAAUCUCAUUUGAGCAAGUAAAGCGAAUAAUGGAACUGCUAGAGUAUAUAGAAGCACUUUAUCCAUCUCUGCAGGCUCUUCAAAAGGACUAUGAAAAGUAUGCUGCAAAAGACUUCCAGGACAGAGUGCAGGCACUCUGUCUGUGGUUGAACAUUACAAAAGACUUAAAUCAAAAGCUAAGGAUUAUGGGGACUGUUUUGGGCAUCAAAAAUCUCUCUGACAUUGGCUGGCCAGUGUUUGAAAUUCCUUCUCCUCGACCGUCUAAGGACGAUGAUCCAGAGGAUGAAGGAGUUGAUAGGGAAACUGAAGUAAAGGAAUCCUCAGGAACAUGCACAGAGGAGAGCGAUGGCGAAGAACAAAUCUCUGAGGAGAAUGUUGAGGAACUUAGACAAGCCAUCAAGAACAAUUUUACUAAUCAGCCAAAUUUCGACUUUCAGGACCAUUUUUCAAGGAAGCUUGAUAGGCUUGAAUCUGGGGAUGACUCUGCCUCUUGGAUUAUUCCAGAAUGCAGUGCUGAGGCAGGCUGCAGCAAACACUGUUUGACUUCUAUUUACAGGCCGUUUGUAGACAAAGCACUGAAGCAAAUGGGGUUGAGGAAGCUAAUUUUAAGACUGCACAAGCUAAUGCAUGGUUCAUUGCAAAGGGCUCGUAUGGCGUUGGUAAGGAGUGAUUGCCCGCUGGAGUUUUCAGAAUGUCCAGAUCCCAUGUUGUGUUCAGAUUACGUGCAGUUAUUAAAUUCCCCACCUUGCUGUGAGCAAAAAUGCAGCACUGUAUCAUGGGAAGAGCUCAAAUCCAUGGAUUUGCCAUCUUUUGAACCUGCAUUCUUGGUCCUUUGCCGAGUCCUGCUCAAUGUUAUCCAUGAAUGUCUCAAGCUAAGGUUGGAACAAAGGCCUGCUGGGGAGCCAUCUCUUUUGAGUAUUAAACAGCUAGUGAGGGAGUGUAAGGAGGUUCUGAAGGGUGGCCUGUUAAUGAAGCAAUAUUACCAAUUUAUGUUGCGUGAGGUGUUAGAUGACUUGCAAAAGAUUGAUUGCAACAUUGAUGCUUUUGAAGAGGACCUGCAUAAAAUGUUGAUGGUUUACUUUGAUUACAUGCGAAGCUGGAUCCAAAUGCUACAGCAGUUACCUCAAGCAUCUCAUAGUUUAAAAAAUCUCCUAGAGGAAGAAUGGAAUUUCACCAAAGAAAUAACUCCAUAUAUAAGAGGAGGAGAAGCUCAAGCUGGAAAACUAUUUUGUGAUAUUGCAGGAAUGCUGCUGAAAUCUACAGGAAUAUUUUUAGAUUCUGGACUACAAGACAGUUGUGAUGAAUUUUGGGCCAGUGCCGAUGACAGUACUGCAUCAGAUGAAAUAAGGAGGUCUGUCAUAGAGACCAGCCGAGCACUCAAAGAACUGUUUCAUGAAGCUAGAGAAAGGGCCUCCAAGGCUCUUGGAUUUGCUAAAAUGCUGAGGAAGGACCUUGAAAUAGCAGCAGAGUUUGCAUUGUCAGCCCCUGUCCGAGAUCUUCUGAAUGCUCUGAAAACGAAAGAGUAUGUGAAGGUACAAAUCCCUGGACUCGAGAAUUUACAAGUAUUUGUCCCAAAUAGUAUUGCAGGUGAAAAGUCUGUGAUUUUGCAGCUCCUAAAUGCGGCUGCUGGGAAAGAUUGCUCAAAAGAUUCAGAUGAGGUUGCAUAUGAGGCCUAUUUAAUAAUGACCAAACACAGUGACAAAGACCAUGAAUUAGGUGACAUGUGGAGUGCAUGGGAGGGCCAACCAGUCAAAGUAGUGCCACAAGUGGAAACUGUUGAUACGCUACGAAGCAUGCAGGUUGACAACCUCCUUCUCGUAGUCAUUCAGUCUGCCCACCUUGUGAGUCAGCGAAAAGCUUUCCAACAGUCUAUAGAAGGGCUCAUAUCACUCCACCAGGAACAGACAUCCAGCCAACCAGUCAUUGCCAAAGCUCUGCAGCAACUAAAGAAUGAUGCAUUGCAGCUAUGCAAUAAGAUAAGCAGUGCCAUUGACAGAGUUGAUCAUAUGUUCACAUCUGAGUUUGAUGCUGAAGUUGAUGAAUCUGAAUCUGCGACUUUGCAGCAAUACUACCGGGAAGCCAUGAUUCAGGCUUACAAUUUUGGGUUUGAGUACCAUAAAGAAGUUGUUCGUCUGAUGUCUGGAGAAUUCAGGCAGAAAAUUGGAGACAAAUAUAUCAGCUUUGCCAGAAAGUGGAUGAACUACGUGCUAACAAAAUGUGAGAGUGGCCGAGGCACUCGACCCAGGUGGGCAACUCAAGGUUUUGAUUUUCUUCAAGCCAUUGAACCAGCAUUUAUUUCGGCUCUCCCGGAAGAUGAUUUCUUGAGUUUGCAAGCUCUGAUGAAUGAGUGCAUUGGCCACGUUAUUGGAAAACCUCACAGUCCUGUUACAGGUCUGUACCUUGCUAUUCAUCGGAACAGUCCCCGUCCUGUGAAAGUACCUCGAUGCCAUAGUGAUCCACCGAAUCCUCAUCUUAUCAUCCCCACUCCUGAAGGCUUCAGCACACGGAGUGUCCCUUGCGAUGCACGGAACCCUUGCAACGUUACUGUCAGUCGCCCCGCUCCCAUUGGUAGUGACUCAACUCAACCUAAGUCUGUCAGCAGUGCAAAUGAUACCAGGGGUUCCAGUGUCCCCGAAAAUGAUCGACUGGCUUCAAUAGCAGCCGAGUUGCAGUUCAGAUCCCUUAGUCGUCACUCCAGUCCCACUGAGGAGCGAGAAGAACCAUCAUAUCCAAAAGGAGAUUCAAGUGGCUCAUCCCGGCGGAGUUGGGAGCUCAGAACCUUAAUCAACCAGACCAAAGACACUGUUUCCAAACAAGCACCAAUAGAAGCUGUUCAGAAGUCUGUUCAGUUGUUUGAAGAAAGGAGAUACAGAGAGAUGAGGAGGAAGAAUAUCAUUGGCCAAGUUUGCGACACACCAAAAUCCUACGAUAAUGUCAUGCAUGUAGGGUUGAGAAAAGUGACUUUCAAGUGGCAGAGAGGAAACAAAAUUGGUGAAGGCCAAUAUGGGAAAGUAUAUACCUGCAUUAGUGUUGACACUGGAGAGCUGAUGGCUAUGAAAGAAAUAAGAUUUCAACCUAAUGAUCACAAAACCAUCAAAGAAACAGCUGAUGAACUGAAGAUUUUUGAAGGCAUCAAACACCCUAAUCUUGUUCGGUAUUUUGGUGUGGAGCUCCAUAGGGAAGAGAUGUACAUCUUCAUGGAGUACUGUGAUGAGGGCACGCUGGAGGAGGUGUCAAAACUGGGCCUUCAGGAGCAUGUCAUUAGGCUCUACACAAAGCAGAUCACCAUUGCUAUCAAUGUACUACAUGAACACGGUAUUGUUCAUCGAGACAUUAAAGGAGCCAACAUCUUUCUUACCUCAUCUGGACUGAUUAAACUGGGUGACUUUGGCUGCUCAGUAAAACUAAAGAACAACACUCAGACAAUGCCUGGAGAAGUGAACAGUACAUUGGGUACUGCAGCGUACAUGGCUCCAGAAGUAAUUACUAGAGCAAAAGGAGAAGGGCAUGGACGUGCAGCGGACAUCUGGAGCCUGGGCUGUGUUGUUAUAGAGAUGGUCACUGGCAAGAGGCCUUGGCACGAAUAUGAGCACAACUUCCAGAUCAUGUAUAGAGUGGGGAUGGGUCAUAAACCUCCUAUUCCUGACAAAGUGAGUCCGGAGGGGAAAGACUUCCUUUGCCACUGCCUGGAAAGUGACCCAAAGAUGAGGUGGACAGCCAGCCAGCUCCUCGACCAUCCUUUUGUCAAGGUUUGCACAGAUGAAGAAUGAAGUUAUUCAAUCGAUGGCCUUUUUUUAUUCUGGCAAAAAUACCUUUUAAACACUACUGUAUGUAAUAUUUACAUAAAGACUGUGCUGAGAAACAGUAUAAAAGUUGACUUACGAAGACUGCACAAGUGACGGGCGUCACUUUCUCUGCUGCUCCUGUAUGUUUUACUUGGCACAUGUUGCUCACGUGACGGUGUCCGCAAGUUGAAAGAAGCUGCAUGUUUCAGUGAAAGUGCCAUUACUACUGUAUAUGGACCAUACCUUUUUUUUGUUCCUUCUCCUGUUUCUCAUUUGAUUGAGAACCGUAAUGUUAAUAUGUAGUAUUUUUGAACUCUUUAGGUUCAGAAAAAUGCUGUAGUGUUAUCGGGCGUUAUGGACCUUGUUUUUUAAAUCUGUUUGUUGAGUGCACUGACUGUGAACUUUUACUGGUUUUUUGUUUAUUAUUUGUCUUUGGCAAGCUUCGGAUUUGUUAUGCACAAGGCUGAUUAAUGAAAUUUCAAAACAAGAAAGUUUUUUUCUCAAUAAAUGGUUUAUUUUAGGA